AUGCCACCUGAUGAUCAAAUAGAAUUUGCUAUUCGUGAUAUAUUAAAAGCUGAACUUGAUUGGGACUUUGAAAAUAUUGUAUACGAUGGCCCAUAUUUACACCGAUCUACAGAAACCAAUCAAAAUCAUGUUUUAAAUAUCAUUGGACUAUUUCUAAUGUCAAUUAUUUUACUGUUAUCAAUUAUUUUGACUACAGUAUGCGCAAUAAUGUGUUAUGUUAAAAUUAAUCGAUAUACAACAACACAAUCGAGAAAAUCAAAAAGUCUACAAUUUCAGUUGUUUUAUGCUUUAGUAACUCAAACAUUGAUUCCGCUUAUUUUAAUGCACCUUCCCGCUACAAUCUUAUUUAUUUUUACAAUCUUUGAUUUUAAUUUAGGGAACUAUAGUGCCUUAGUGAGCAUGACAAUUGCUAUAUUCCCAGCGUUAGACCCUUUUCCAGUUAUGUUGAUUAUCAAAAGUUAUCGAUUAGCGAUACUUCAAAUGUUGGCAAUCCCAGUUUGGAUUGUGGUUCGAAAAAAUUAA